AUGGCUUUCCACCUGAGCCUAUCUCUAGCCCUGUUGGUGUUACUACAAUCGGUCUCCGCUCAGUUCUGCUCGUUCUGGAAUAAUGGCUGUAUCGACUCCCUCGCUCAGACCGCAAUCCGCUUCGACCUCAAACCUUUAUUCCCGGACCCCGUCACGCUCUACUACGGCUUUGAUGCCAGUUCCUCCGGCAAGGGCGAAGGCCCCAUGACCAAGACGGCGUUUUGGCUGGGAUAUCAAAAUAAUAAUAUCAACCUCAGUGCUGUCGACUCAAAUCGCACAUCCGAAAUCGGUCUCAGGAUCGGCAAUCUGACCGGCACCCCUUCUGGCGCGAACAAUGGCUGCGACGGUAUCUGGGGCGCUGAUUGUUCCCGUGAUCUGAAAACCGCCCUGCAGAAUGCUAUAUAUCUUCUUGCCGUGUCGGGCGAAUACUAUUCCAAACCUCUCGAGGCCGUUCUCAACAACAUGUUGAUCCAGCCGCCGACGCUGACUUCGUGCCCGCCGCCCACUCUCGACGUCGCCGCUAUUCCGGUCCAAAAUUUCGCCAGGGAACGAGUCCCCGGUCAGAACGUUACUAUCAUGCCACCUGGCUCGGGCGCUUGGCCUUGGCAGGUCUGGUAUCUCGAUCACAUGAGCGCCCACAAGCAGGCUUCCCAGGUGGCUGUGGGCAUCAUCAGUCGCGCUCCUUCUUAUAAUAGUGCACCGCCAGACAACCCAAACGAUAUUAUGGUUGAACUCGUCUGUGUACAGGCCCCUUCCAGUGGAUCGUCCAGUGGCUCCCAUGAUUAG